UUGCCCGUCCCAAUUCUGGACUCAGAACUCGUCCACAAAGCCACUAACGUGGCCUUGACUUUGUUCUGCCCCUGGCAGACAGAACGUCCUUCAUGGCACUCAUGUGAGACUUAAAGUUGGCUUGCUUCUGGAGAACUGAGGAGUAUUUGCAGCUCGAACGUCCUACCUGCAGCCAUGCUGGCCUCCAGCAAGAAGAUGACCACUUCCUCUCGCUCCCAGAUCCUUCUCAUGUGGACGCCAGACAAGGUGCAGGGCAGUCUCCGCCACGGGGAAAAGCAGGUGCUCACCUCACGGCUCCUGCGGGACACCGAGACCUGUCGACAGAAUUUCCGGAAUUUUCCCUACCCAGACGUGGCUGGUCCUCGGAAGGCCCUGAGUCAGCUCCGCGAGCUCUGCCUGAAGUGGCUGAGACCCGAGAUCCACUCCAAGGAGCAGAUCCUGGAGCUGCUGGUGUUGGAGCAGUUCCUGAGCAUCCUGCCCGGGGAGGUGAGGACCUGGGUGCGAUCCCAGUAUCCAGAGAGCAGCGAGGAGGCCGUGACGCUGGUGGAGGACUUGACUCAGAUCCUGGAAGAGGAAGCUCCUCAGAACUCGGGCCUUUCCCACAAGACCCCCGAAGAAGACCCCGAAGGAAGAUGUGCUUUCCAGGCAGGAUGGCUGGAUGACCUGGUGACCAAAGAAUCAGUGACAUUCACAGAUGUGGCGGUGGAUAUUACCCAGGAGGACUGGGCACUGAUGCGCCCUGUGCAGAAGGAGUUGUACAAGACCGUGACCUUACAGAACUACUGGAACAUGGUCUCUCUGGGCCUCACCGUGUACAGACCAACUGUGAUUCCCAUUCUGGAAGAACCAUGGAUGGUGAUCAAAGAAAUUUUAGAAGGCCCCAGCCAAGAAUGGGAAACUGAAGCCAAGCCAUGUACCCCAGUACAGGGUCCUUCCAGACUCAAAAAGGAGAGAACCCAGACCAUCAAAGUGGAGAAACCCUAUGAUUAUGAUAUCACCAUAGAGACAGAAGCCUUCGGGAAAAUUCCCCCGAAUGGGAUUGAUUUCCAUUUCAAGUCAGUCUGUUCACAAGAAGAUGAUCCUACGGAAGAAUAUCUUAGUAAAUAUGAUAUAUACAGAAAUAAUUUUGAAAAGCAUUCAAACCUAGAUGUACAGUUUGAUACCCAAUCCGAUAAUAAAACUGCUGUGUAUAAUGAAAGCAAGACAGCCUUCAACCAUGUCUCAUAUGCUCUUGUACAUAGGAAAAUACUUCCUGGAGAGAAGCCGUACAAGUGUAACGUGUGUGGGAAAAAAUUCAGAAAAUACCCAUCCCUCCUGAAGCACCAAAACAGCCAUGCCAAAGAGAAGUCCUACGAAUGUGAAGAAUGCGGGAAAGAGUUUCGACAUGUCUCAUCCCUCAUCGCACACCAGAGAAUGCAUACUGGGGAAAAGCCGUACGAGUGCCACCAGUGUGGCAAAGCCUUCAGCCAGCGUGCACACCUCACCAUCCAUCAGAGAAUCCAUACGGGAGAGAAACCCUACAAAUGUGAUGACUGCGGGAAGGAUUUCAGUCAGCGCGCACACCUCACCAUCCACCAGAGGACGCACACCGGCGAGAAGCCUUACCGGUGCUUGGAAUGCGGCAAGACCUUCAGCCACAGCUCGUCGCUCAUUAACCAUCAGAGAGUGCACACUGGAGAGAAACCCUAUAUAUGCAACGAAUGUGGGAAGACGUUCAGUCAGAGCACACACCUUCUUCAGCAUCAAAAGAUACACACUGGGAAGAAACCCUAUAAAUGCAACGAGUGUUGGAAGGUGUUCAGCCAGAGCACUUACCUCAUCCGGCACCAGAGGAUCCACUCUGGAGAGAAGUGUUAUAAAUGCAACGAGUGUGGCAAGGCCUUCGCUCAUUCCUCAACUCUCAUACAGCACCAGACCACUCACACUGGGGAGAAGUCCUACAUAUGUAACAUCUGUGGGAAGGCCUUCAGCCAGAGCGCAAACCUCACUCAGCAUCAUAGGACACACACGGGGGAGAAACCCUACAAAUGCAGCGUGUGCGGCAAAGCGUUCAGCCAGAGCGUGCACCUCACGCAGCACCAGCGAAUUCAUAACGGAGAAAAACCCUUUAAAUGCAACGUGUGUGGGAAGGCCUAUAGACAGGGGGCAAACCUCACCCAGCACCAAAGGAUUCACACCGGAGAGAAGCCGUACAAAUGCAAUGAGUGCGGCAAAGCUUUUAUAUACUCCUCAUCCCUUAAUCAGCACCAGAGAACUCAUACUGGGGAGAGACCUUAUAAAUGCAAUGAAUGUGAUAAAGAUUUUAGCCAGAGAACAUGCCUUAUUCAACACCAGAGAAUUCACACGGGGGAGAAGCCCUACGCCUGCCGUAUAUGUGCUAAAACCUUCACUCAGAGCACAAACCUUAUUCAGCAUCAGCGUGUUCACACGGGCGCCAAACACCGGAACUAACGGA